UCAGAUUUUUAGAAAACGCGAAUCACUAUGUCGGAAACGGCGCCUGUCGCAGUUCCUGCUGUCUCCGCUCCUGGGGCAAAAACCUCUACUAAAAAACCGAAGAAGGCGACAGGAGGCUCUAAAGCCCGCAAGCCUCCAGGUCCCAGCGUGACCGAGCUGAUCACCAAGGCGGUGUCCGCAUCCAAGGAGCGCAAAGGGGUCUCCUUGGCCGCUCUUAAGAAGGCUCUGGCCGCCGGAGGGUACGAUGUGGAAAAAAGCAACAGCCGCAUCAAGCUGGGGCUCAAGAACCUGGUGAGCAAGGGCACCUUGGUGCAGACCAAAGGUACCGGCGCAUCCGGCUCUUUUAAACUCAACAAGAAUCCGGGUGAGACCAAGGAAAAGGCGCCCAAGAAAAAGCCAGCGACAAAGCCUAAGAAACCAGCUGCCAAAAAAACCAAAAAGGCUGCGGCCGUGAAAAAGAGCCCGAAAAAAGUCAAGAAGCCAGCAGCUGCCGCAGCCAAGAAACCAGCCAAGAGCCCGAAAAAGGUGAAACCUGCCGCCAAGCCUAAGAAGGCAGCCAAGAGCCCGGCUAAGGCCAAAGCGGUGAAGCCUAAAGCGGCCAAGCCCAAGUCGACGAAGCCAAAAGCAACGAAGGCUAAGAAAGCCGCACUCAAGAAGAAGUAAAAGGGUUAGAAAGAAAUUUGUCAUGCAGGGAAAUCCAACGGCUCUUUUAAGAGCCACCCACCCUUUCCCAGAGGAGCUGAAACACCAGGUUCACCUCCAUAACCUCGUGCUGCUUUUCAUGAAGCGCACAACUUUAAAAAACGAAAGUAAUAGAAAAGAGGGAGACAUAAAACGAUCGGUUUCAUACAUUUUUCCCUCUUUGCCCGCGACAAGAAACAACAUGGUAUCAAUUCUUUAAAAUACAGGACGCUGGUUCAUUUAUAUUUGAGAGGGGUGUAUUAAAAUCGAUCUAGAGGAUCGGCCCAAAUUCAUGAUUACUAGCAGCCAAACAGGUUUCUUCCCCUACCCACUCAGG